AUGUGGUCUGAAGGGCGAUAUGACUAUGAAAGAGUUCCAAGAGAACGUCUCCCUCCAAGGAUUCAUCCUGAUGAUGAUUACCAUAGGGUAGUAAACAUUGUGCCCAAGAAGCCACCACUGCUUGAAAGACCUGGGGAUGGGAAUUACAGUCGGUAUGAUGAUUACAGUCACACUGAGUACAGAGAUUAUGAAGAGGGUCGCAGUUUUGCCCACGACCGAAGAAGUGGCCCUCCACACCGAGGUGAUGAAUCAGGAUACAGAUGGCCAAGGGAUGAUCAUCCUAUAAGUCGGCAGCCUGAUUACAGGGACGUCAGAGAUGGCUUCAGAAGAAAAAGCUUCUAUCCCUCUCAUUAUAUGAGAGAGCGAUCCCCUCAUAAGAGGGACUCUCCUUUCUUCAGGGAAUCGCCAGGAAGCCGAAGGGAUUCUCCGCACAGCAGAUCUGGCUCUAGUGUCAGCAGCAGGAGCUACUCUCCUGAAAGAAGCAAAGCCUAUCCUUUCCACCAGUCCCAGCAUAGCAGAAGUAUGUCAUCUUUACAUAAAAGAAAUAUUUCUUCUCAGCAAGGUAAAGAGAGGACGUCAGUUCAAUCACUGAAAACAUCAAGAGAUGCAUCACCCUCAGGCUCCACAGCAAUACUUUCAUCAAAGGCCUUGGAUAAGAGCAACAGACUAUCGGAAAAGGAACUUGCAGAAGCUGCAAGCAAGUGGGCAGCUGAAAAAUCAGAGAAAGCCGAUGAAAGCAAUUUACCUGAAAUAACAGAGUAUGAUGCUGGAUCUUCAGCUCCAUUAUACGCCGAACAAACAGAGGAAACAGAAACAAAUAUAACGGAUAGUACGGAAUUAUAUGAGGAUGGCCAGCUUCUUGGCCGCUCAAAAGCCAUUGCAACUAAGACAAAGGAGAUUGAACAGGUCUACAGACAAGACUGUGAAACCUUUGGCAUGGUAGUGAAGAUGCUAAUUGAUAAAGAUCCAUCGUUAGAGAAGUCCAUUCAGUUUGCCCUGAGGCAGAAUUUGCAUGAAAUAGGUGAGCGAUGCAUUGAAGAACUCAAACAUUUCAUUGCUCAGUACGAUGCUGCCAAUCAAGAUCUGUCAGAAUCCUUCAAAGAGGGCUCAUACUAA